CAUCAGACUCACACUGUGACUGACAGCUUGCGCACACGAUGCAGCAGGCGGUGCUGCUGUUUGGCUUGCAUGCAGCUGUUGCAUUCGCGUGAGCUGCCCGUCGUGCGUGCACCGCCUCAACACGCACACGCACACGCACACGCACACGCACAGGCUGUUUCUGCCGCUGCUGUGCGGUGCCACGCGUGUCUUUGAUGGCAGCUUCAUCGCGCGCCGCUGAUGUCCGCAUGGCGUGGACACGACAAAGCUUCACUCAUCAGAGUUGCAGGCGGGCGGUGACUUCUGGCUUGAGCUGUGUAGAGGUCGCGCUUGUUGCUGCACUACCGUCAACUCACCACAUUGUGAUUAGCCAUCGCUACAUACCACCACACCAUCGUCUUAGCACCAUCGCCCGCCCUCACAUCGCCGCAUACAAGCUCAGCACACGGUCAUCGAUCACGGGCUGCAAGUGUAUGGGAAUAGCGGAUUCUUGACGAGCCAGCGGGUGACAGCAUCGAAGCUGCACAACGACACUUGAUCCUUUGGUUGCCCCCGGCUAUCGCAGCCCGCACACACACAUCCAAUUGAGCUCUUCAGAACCGAAU